CUUCAACCUGAUCAAUUGAAUUUUGUGUGGUUUGUUGUGUGCCAAAAUGUCAUCAAAAAUACAAUAUUUUUGUUCGAGGAUAUCGCAAAAAUGGGUUUUCGCAGUGAUGAGCUUCUUUUCGGUCCUCUGCAUGUUUGCGAUGCGUCUCUGCUUGCCUCUAACUAUUCCAAAAAUGGUUAAAUCUAUCGAGCACACGACAAAGCACCACGACGACGCAUGUCCCGGGCCGAACGUCACAGUUACAGGCGUCGUGCACAAUAACAGCAGUGACAUUCCGAAUUCAGUUGUCUACGACUGGAGCGAGUACACCCAGGGCGUAAUACUCGGCUCCUUCUACUGGGGUUUCGUGGUGAGCCACGUGCCGGGCGGCAUAGCGGCCGAGCGCUACGGCGGUAAGCACACCCUCGGCCUCGGCCUCGCCAGUACCGCCAUCUGCACGAUUCUGACACCCCUGUCGGUCGCCUGGGGCGGAGCCAUCGGCCUGACCCUGCUUCGAAUCCUCAUGGGCCUGUGCGAGGGCAUAACACAACCAGCCCUGUCGGUCAUGCUGUCCCAAUGGGUACCCGUUAACGAGCGCUCCAAGAUAUCCACCUUCGUCUACAUGGGCGCCGUCUGCGGCAUCCUCCUCAUCUCCACAGGCCUCGGAUCCACGAUUCAACUGAUGGACUGGCAGGGCGUGUACUACCUCUUUGGAGGCAUGAGCCUCGUCUGGUACCUGCUCUGGCUGGUCCUGUGCUACAACAGUCCCAGGGAGCACCCGUUCAUAUCCGAGCGCGAGGCCAGGAAGCUCACCGCCCGACUUCAAGAGCACACGCACGUGGAUCCGCCACCGGUCCCUUGGCGGCACCUUUUGGGCUCGGCCCCGUUCUGGGCCCUCGUCGCCGUAACCGUCGGCCGUGACUGGUACGGCUUGAUACUGCUCACCGAUCUGCCAAAGUACACCAUGAGCGUCCUCAAGUACAGCGCCGAUGAGAACGGGCUGCUCUAUCUGGUCAACCACGUGGCGAUACUCGUGGCCUGUCUGCUCUUUUCGUGGCUCUCGGAUUGGCUGAUCGAGCGGAACUACCUGUCUUUGACGGGCGUGCGGAAGGUGAUGGCGAGCAUGGGCCUUGGGGUCAGUGUGACAAUGGCCCUGCUCAUGUCGUACGUCGGCUGCGACAGGCUCAAAUUCAUCGUGAUUUCGAGUCUUUUCAUGUUCACGUCGGCCGCUGGACUUCCCGGCAUCAAGGCCAACGUGCUCGAUCUCAGUCCAAAUUACGCGGGUACGGUCAUGGCCAUCAGUCACGGAUUGGCAGGGUUGUGCGGUAUUGCUGGACCAUACUUUGUCGGGGUAAUGGUACCGAAUCAAACUCUUAGCGAAUGGCGACUCGUGUAUUGGACCAUUUUUGCCGUGGGUAUGAUUACGAAUGUUAUUUUCGUUAUUUUUGGUAGUGGUGAAGUUCAAGAGUGGAAUGAUCCAAACUUUGACAGAAAGAACCAGGAAAAAGACGUAGAAAUGAAGGAGAUCGAGAAAUUGAUGACAACAGACAAAAUUAUCAUUGUCGCUGAAGAAAAGGAUUUCGUGAAUUAAUAAAAACUAAAAAAGUACAUAAAUGACGCUUAUGCAUUGUAAAUACACUGUAAAUAUACGAUAUAUUGUAUUUUCCAAUCUGACCGAAAUAAUUGCCACGAGAGUAUGUCUUGACGAAUCAAGGAAUUACGUUAAACCAUCAUCAAGCACGUGAUGCAAAC